AUGAUAGAUCAAUUCUCGAAAUGGAUAGAGUGUGUAGCGUUGCCGAACCAGUCAGCAGACCUGAUCGCCCGAGAAUUCUUCAGUCGCUUUGUUGUAACAUUUUGGUGUCCUUUGGCUAUUCAUACCGACCAAAGCAGGAACUUUGAUGGAAAUAUGUUCAGGAAAAUCUGUGAAAUACUUCAAAUAACAAAGACACGAGCGACACCCUAUCACCCGUCAUCGAAUGGACAGAUUGAACGCUACAACCGGAUGAUUGCACAGAUAAUACGGUGUUACAUAGAGGGAAAGAUCAGACACUGGGAUAAAGAUCUGCCAUCUCUAGUCAUGGCACUACAUGCCACAGAAAACAAAUCCACCGGUUAUACACCGAAUCGUUUAAUGCUGGGAAGGGAAGUCAUGUUGCCAGCAGACAUUAUGAUGGGAGUCAGCCAAGCUAACUUGGAGGAUUUUGAACCAGUGGAGUGGGUGCAGAACUUAAACAGGGUCAUGGCUGAGGCUCACCAAUUUGCAAGACACCAUCUCGAAAGCACCCAAGUUCGCCAGAAGAAGGACUAUGAUUUGAAAUUGCGCGAACAAAUGUACAGCCCCGGAGAUACAGUGUACAAACUUGAUGAGGCAACAGUUGUUGGACAAAGCCGGAAACUACGUCCUCCUUGGAAGGGACCUUAUUUGGUGGUUGGAAGUGAACCUCCACUCUAUAUCCUCCAAGACAACAGAGGUCAAACGAAGAGGAUACAUCACGACAAGCUAAAGCUGUGUACCGAUGGAACUGCUCCAUUAUGGCUAGCUCGGGCUAAGCACACACUUUCUGUCAAGGACAAGUCAACAAACAGUUUUGAGAAGGAUGGCGCAAGUGGUCCAGAUACUUCUACCGAAGUUCUUCAUGACCAAGAUCCAAUUGACAAUUCUUCGGAUUGUGACCGCGAACAGUGCAGUACCGACGGAGAGUGUAUGGACGCCGAAGUUGUGACUAGGCGUGGACGACAAGUGAAAAAACCAGCCUACUUGAAUGACUAUGUUCAGUAA